ACAGCAUCAAGUAGAGCAUAAAAUUUUCUUUCAAAUGCAAUACUUAUCCAAGUUUUUUCAAACAAUAUCGUUGAUAUUCCUAUAGUUUUGAUAUUUCCUAUUACUAUGAAGGCCCCAAGAAAAUUAGCUGCUACCUGUCGUGUAGCCAUUUUGUCCCGAUAAAAUCUAACAAUUUUGAAAAAAGAUUGACACCGUUCAUUAAAACCUCGAGCAUUUGUUGUAGAUAUACAUAGGUAUUCUUGUAGUCUCUGUAUACUAUUGGACUCUCCGAAAUAUUGUAUUUAGCAUUAUCAGGAAGCAUAGUUAAAUAGCAAAGUGCUGAAAAUGGCCUCCAUUAGCUACAAUAGAAUCUCCGAACUUCAUCCCAAAUUGUGUCAUCCUAAAGUGGUUGGCAUAAUCAUAGGAAAAAGUGACGUCAAGAGCUUCCCUGACAGAAAGAAUUCUGGUGUGGAAAGAUACACUUUUGGCUUCACCAUAAAGGACUCUCCUGACUUCUUUAUCAACGUAUCGGCCUGGGGAAAUGAUGGUUACAUCAACGGGCUGUCCAAAAGUUUCAGAAUUGGUGAUGUCGUCACUAUUGACAAUCCAUUAGUGGCCACCAAAGAUCCAGAGAAGGAGGAAAGAUUCUGCCCUACAACACCAAGUCCCUUCAAGUUAUUGCUGGCAGAAGUUCAUUCUCAAGUGUAUCUCUGUGUGGACUUGGACACCAGUGACAGCUUGCAGCCGCUGAUGCACAAGCCAGUGAAGGACUCUCGAGACUUCUACCCUCUGGGGGACGUCUUGGCCAAUGGGCAGAGUCUGGAUGGAUCAUUUAUAAACAUACUUGCUGCUGUGAAAUCAAUUGGAGAGGUGAAACUUUUCAGGAAAUCGGACGGACACCAGGGACAGAGGCUGGAAGUGAAACUUUUUGACGAGUUGGUGUCAUCCUUCCCUCUCGUCUGUUGGGACAGAGAAGUCAUUCAGUUUCUUCAGACUUCAGUGCCCAAAGGGACCGUGAUCUUCAUAGCAGAUACGAAGAUUAAUUUUGACAGAUUCCGCAACGGAAUGGCCGCAACGGUCAACUCCAAAAGCAUUAUCACUGUCAAUCCUGACACGCAUGAGGCCAAGCUGUUGUGCAGAUAUGCUCAAGGGAUGUUGGAAACCGGCGCUCUGGAACAAGGCAACUCAGAGGAUGUGCCGGUGGAGUCCAUCACUGCCGUGUACACGGUUGCUCAACUGAAGGAAAUGUGCCAGGAAACUGCGCAGGCUUCGUACGGCAUCACAUAUAGCUUCCUCUCCAAGCUCGAUCUGAAUUCCAGUGUUUCAGAAGUCAUAAAAACUCGAUGCGCCAAGUGUAUGUUCCUGGUGAUUGAGGGCAUGCAGUAUUGCAACAACGAAUUGUGUCCAGGCCGGGGUCAAGCCUUUUCAUCCAUCACUGGGUUUGACCUGCUGGUCGACAUCGUAGACCACACUGGCACCCUGCAUGCAUGCGUCCUGAGAAGCCCAGUGGCUGAGGCCUUGCUGGGCUGCACUACGGAGCAGUUUACUCAUUUGACCAACAAUGAACGAAUCGCAAUGAUGUGGAAUUUUCUGUUGGAGAGAUGCAAAAUAUAUGUGAAGAUCCUCCCCUCCAUGAGGACAAAGAGUGGAGUCCGGGUGGUGAUCCUGGCCUGCUCACUGGCUGACCCAGACGAGGUGAUGCAGCACAUGUUAACCCUCGGAAGGGAGGACUGAGGAUCUCACAGACAGUUGUUCAA